CAGGUCCAAUCAGAGCAACCGUGAAACCUGAUAAACUCCUCAGAGACUGCCAGCCACCCGUCUGUCAGACACACAGGCAGACAGGCAAACAGACAGACAUGUUGAGGGUGGUGCUGGUUCUGCUGGUGAUAUGGACAUGGACGAGCUUAGCGCUGAUCAGAAUCCCUCUGAGGCGGAUGGAUUCGAUUCGUACGCAGUUGCGAGCCGACGGUCUGCUGCAGAAGUUCCUGAAAGAUCAUCACCCCGACACGUUUAACCGGCGCUACGCUCAGUGCUUCCCUCCCGGCACGCCGUCACUGCGGCCUGGACGCUCCAGCGAGAAAAUCUACAACUUCAUGGACGCCCAGUAUUUUGGUGAAAUCGCUUUGGGGACUCCAGAGCAGAACUUCUCGGUGGUUUUUGACACCGGCUCAGCUGAUCUCUGGGUGCCUUCAUCCUACUGCGUCAGCGAAGCCUGUGCGUUGCACAGGCGUUUCAGGGCAUUUGAGUCAACUUCGUUCCGUCAUGAUGGUCGAAUGUUUGGGAUUCAUUAUGGAUCGGGACACCUGCUGGGAGUCAUGGCCAGAGAGACGCUGAAGAUUGGGAGCCUGACUGUCUUGAACCAGGAGUUUGGGGAGUCAGUCUACGAGCCCGGUGCCGCAUUCGUCAUGGCAAAGUUCGAUGGCGUCCUGGGGAUGGGUUACCCGUCACUGGCGGAGAUCCUUGGAAACCCUGUUUUCGACAAUAUGUUGGCACAAAAGAUAGUAGAGCAGCCUAUCUUCUCCUUCUACCUCAACAGGCACUCGAGUGGCAACAACCCUGAAGGUGAACUGCUGCUAGGCGGAACAGACAAGUCUUUGUAUACGGGACCAAUCAACUGGCUCCCUGUGACGGCUAAAGGAUACUGGCAGAUUAAGAUGGACAGUGUGGCCGUGCAGGGUGUGAGUUCGUUCUGUCCUCACGGUUGCCAGGCGAUUGUUGAUACAGGAACCUCCCUCAUUGCUGGACCAACAAAUGACAUCCUCAGCCUUCAGCAGCUGAUUGGAGCCACACCCACAAACAUCGGAGAGUUCCUCAUUGACUGUGUCAGGUUGUCCAGUUUACCUCAUGUGACGUUUGUCCUGGGUGGAACAGAGUACACACUCACUGCAGAGCACUACGUCAGGAAGGAGAUGCUUGGCGACAGGGAGCUGUGUUUCAGUGGUUUCCAGGCCGUGGACAUCGUUUCGCCCAAAGGCCCUCUAUGGAUUCUGGGAGAUGUAUUUCUGACGCAGUUCUACAGCGUCUUCGACAGAGGACAGGACCAGGUCGGCUUUGCCCCUGUUAAGCACCCAGUCGAAGCCUGACCAAUGGGUUAUUGAUAGAUAGCAACUGUAUGAUCAAUAAACACUAGGCAAUUAAAUAAACUUUAA